AUGAUCAAUUUCGAAGAGUUGGUAAAAGAAUGGAUGGAAGAGGUAGAACUAUCAAUAGAUCAAUUCACUCAACGCGGAAGUGGAUGGGUACUACAGACUGUUAAAGUAUUAGAAAUUCGGAUUGGUAAACUUAAAGAGCACAGUGGUGGAUGUGCAUCCGUCAAACUACCACCUUCAUUGAAACAAAAGAAAAGCUUGAUUUCACCACUUUGUAGUAAAGACUGUUUCAAGUAUUCAAUCCUUAUAGCUUUGCAUCCAAUAAAUACCAAGACUAAAGGUAGAAUAACGCUUUACAAAAAUUUUGCUCAUCUAUAUGAUUUUCGUAAUAUUGAUAGCAAUACACCAUUAUCUGCAAUCAACACCUUUGAAAGACGAAACAACAUAUCAAUUAAUGUUUACACGCUGUCACCUGAUGAAAGUGAAAAAGUGGUGCCGUUAAAAAUCAAUCGAAGUCAACAAAAGAAACAUGCAAACUUAUUCUUUUACAAGAACCAUUACUACUGUAUUUCAAACUUUCACGCCUUCAUAAAAAGUGGUAAAUCAUGGGAGCGUUUUUAUUGUUACGCAUGUUUGUCAGGAUUCAGAAACUCUGAUAGGCUAAAAGAUCAUGAGCGUGAGUGUUACCAGAAAGCUCCGCAAAGAGCUAUUCUGCCUGGUACAGGAAAAAUACCUACAAAAUGUAAAUUUAGAAGACUGGACAAAACAAUUGCUUAUCCUUAUGUUAUCUACGCUGAUUUUGAAGCCCUAUUGGUAAAAUCAGAAAAGGCUCUUACGAAAAAUACAUUUGAGUACCAGAAGCAUGAAGCAUGUUCUUUUGGAUUAGUUGCCGUAGACUGGAGAGAUGAAAUUCUGUUCAACAAAUUUUAUCGCGGAACAAAUGUUUGUGAGAAAUUUUUCAAAACAUUGUUCCACUUGAGAAUCAUUCUCAAUCAGCAUUUGGAUAGAAAUAGAAAACCCGUUUCAUUAACCGAUUUCGAAAGAGAAGCUUAUGCAAAGGCAACUGACUGUUACGUGUGUGGAAAAGAAUUAUUCGCUGACAAAGUUUUGGAUCAUUGUCACCUAACUGGAAAGUUUCGUGGAGCUGCACAUAAUCAAUGCAAUCUUAUGAUGCGUUUACCGCAAAAAAUACCUGUAGUUUUUCAUAAUUUAAAAGGAUAUGAUGCACAUAUAAUAAUCAGUGGACUAAAGACAAACUUGGUGUCAAAGAUUCAUGUCAUACCACAAAAUACUGAAAAAUAUAUAGCAAUCAUAAUGGAUGAUUUUCUAUUUCUAGACAGUCUAGCCUUUCUUCUCUCAAGUUUGGAUGCAUUAGCAAACAACUUGUCAGACGAUGAGAAAACAAAAUUUUUAAAACAAAUGUUCCCAACUGAUGACUUGCCGUUUUUGUUCUCAAAAGGACGUUUACCUUAUGAAUAUAUGGAUUCAUGGGAAAAGUUUGAAGAAAAAAGUUUACCCCCGAGAGAAGCAUUUUACUCAAGUCUAUCACUCAAAACUAUUGACACGGAUACCUAUAAAAGAUUAACAAGCAUCUGGAGUCAUUUUAACUGUAAAAACUUGGGAGAUUUUCAUGACAUUUACUUGAAAGUUGAUGUUUUAUUACUAGCAUCAGUCUUUCAAAACUUUAGAGCAACAAGUUUAGAGCAAUUCGGUCUUGAUCCUUGUCAUUAUUUUUCAACGCCUGGACUAACAUGGGAUGCAUCACUUAAGCUAACACAAACUGAAUUGGAUCUUUUGACAGAUAUUGACAUGAUUUUAAUGUUUGAAAGUGGAAUUCGAGGAGGAAUAUCAUGUUCAAUGCUGCGCUACUGUCUAGCAAAUAACAAGUUUUCUGAAACUUUUAGAGAAAAUGAAGCUGAAUCAUUCAUUACAUAUCUUGAUGUUAAUAACUUGUAUGGUUAUGCACUGUCUGAUAUUUUACCAUGUGGAAAAUUUGAAUGGGUUCCUGAAACUCAAUUUGAAGAUGUGAUUUCAUCAAUUCUUGAAUCUAACAUAACGCGAGAAAUAGGAUAUGUAUUAGAAGUUGAUUUGGAUUAUCCCUCUACUCUACACGAUUUACAUAAUGAUUAUCCGUUAGCCCCUGAGAAAAUAACAAUUGAUGAUGAUCAGUUGAGUAGUUAUCAAAAAGAAAUUGUUUCAAUUCUUGAAUCUGCUGGAAUGAAGCGAUAUAAAACUCAAAAGUUGGUACCGAAUUUAAUGAACAAAAGAAAUUAUGUUGUUCAUGAAC